GGGUUCUUCCCUCCAUAGUCAGCCGAAAGAUACUCUCUCUUCCAAUCACUUUUGCAUGUGCGAAGCUUCGUCAUGUCUUGCUGUCACUCUCUUACAUGAUCAUGUCCAGUUCAGCUUCACCUAAGCUAAGCAUAUUCAAAGUGCUAUAGGCACGUUCAAGUUUCAACAACAUGACUACCACUGUUCCUUUGCACUUACAUUUCACAAAUAUUAUACCAAGAUUUGAUUCAAAGAAAGCAACCUCUCUACCCUAACACCAUUCUUUCUUUUGAUCCAAGACGACCAUGCAUUCUUUUUGACUUUUCUCAAUGGAUUCUUCAACUCUUCUUGACUAUGCUCUCUUUCAACUUACCCCAACUCGAACCAGGUGUGAUCUGAUUCUCUUCUGUGGAGGCAAGAAUGAGAAACUGGCUUCUGGGUUAUUUGAACCAUUCAUUUUACACCUUAAAUUGAUUAAAGAUCAGAUUUCCAAAGUUGGGUACUCCAUCAAACUUUGCCCACCAACCAAAAAUGCUCCGUGGUUCACCAAAGGUACUUUUGAGAGAUUUGUUCGUUUUGUUAGUACACCAGCUGUACUUGAGAGAUUUGUCAGCCUAGAAAGAGACAUCUUGCAGAUUGAGGAGAGUGCAGUUCAUGCCAAUGAAUUAUCAAACACAAAUGUAGCUGGACAACUGGAGGAAGGGAGUGGACUGGCUGCCAAUACUAUCACAAGGAAGUCAAGUGAUUCCUCUAAGCUAAAAGAUGAACUUGAGAAAAGUGAGCACGCUUCAAUGGAAGGAAAUUCCAAGAUUCAGUUUCAACUGCUUCUGGAAGCACGGAAAACAUUGCUUCGCAAAGAGCAAGCUAUGGCUUAUGCACGUGGCCUUGUUGUUGGAUUUGAAGUGGACAGCAUAAAUGAUCUCAUCUCCUUCGCAGAUGCUUUUGGAGCUUCACGGUUAAGGGAAGCAUGCGACAAUUUCAAGGAAUUAUGUAAGAAAAAGCAUGGGGAUGGUCUCUGGAUGGAGGAAUUAGCAGCAAUGGAGGCAUGCCCUCCAUCAGAGCUGUCAUUUUUGGGAACAUCAGGAAUUGUACUUGCAAAUGAAAUUAGUUCCCUUAAUCAGAAUGUCAUGCUAAAUUUGACAAACAAUGGGGUAUCUACUGGUGAUUUUAUGCCCAAUGGAUCUACAGAUGCAUCAAGAUCUGAUUCAACUGCAGGCAGAAAGGAUGGUAGCAUGGGAACAUCUGACCAGAUAGUAUCAUCUAGUGCCAAAGUUCAAGUACCAAUGCAGUGGCCAAACCAGAUACAUCCAUACAUGUACAAUUUCCAAGGCCCUAUUCCUCAGUUUCCUCCGUAUCAAGGAUAUCCUUUCCCUACCAUGCAGCCUCUCCCUCCUAAUUAUCCAAGAAAUAUGCAGUGGCCUUCUAACAUGAAAGAAUUUAGUCAAGGAAAAAAGGAUAAGUCCCUGAACAAAAAGGGAUAUAAAUAUUCAGGAGAAGACAGGCAAACAGACUCCAUUGACUCUGAAGGAAGGAGUGAUUCAGAUUCCCAUAUAGAUCAGGACAAAAAGAACUCCUCUAUAGAUGUUCCAUACAGGAAAAAACACAGGAAGAAGUCCUCUAAGACCGUUGUCAUCAGAAAUAUUAACUACAUCACCCCCAAGAGAAGAAAUGAAGGAAGUGAUAGUUUUUCUGAUGAAACUUCUUCAGAUGAGGAUGAGUACAUUGAUGAAGAUACCAUAAAAAAGAAGGUAGAUGAUGCAGUUGGAUCAUUGGGAAAAUUGUGCAAGUCAAAUUCAAGUACACAGAAAAGAAAAGGCUCGAACAAGAGCAACCACAAGUCAAAUGGAUCAAGUAAUGCUCCUGACCAAGAUUUUGACGAUGGCCCUGUUUCAAAUGCAUCCAGGGGAGGAAGGACGAGUGAGAACUGGGAUGCUUUCCAGAGCCUUCUGAUGAAAGAUGAUGACACAGUUAAUGGGGUAGAAAAAUUGCAGCCAGUGGAUGUUCAGGAAGAGCAUUUCAUAGUCAAAAGCUCUGGAGAUGGAACUUCAUUAAGGAGCAAUCGUGCUAUGGACUUGGGACCAGAGAAAUUACUGAACAGAAGGAUGGUGACAGGUGAUUCUUUUGUUGUGACUCCGAGGGAUGGGGAACACGAGGAUAGAGUUAGGCUGGAAGAUAUAGAAAAUGCAGAGAGUUUUCGACCAAUCAUGAAGAGAAGGGACUUGACAGAUGAAGAUUUGGUAAUUUCACAAAGAUUAGAAGAUUCAGGAAGUGGCCUCAGGGGUAUCUUAUCUCGUUCCACUGAGCCAUCCAUAAUCAAGCCUGGUAAAGGAGAUGAUUGGUUUGUUAUCAAUCACUCAGUGAAACCAGAAAACCAGGAUACAGCCAAUUACAUGCUAUCACUAGAGGGUGAUUCUUUAAAUGCCAAGUCGAGUAGAAGAGAUGUACUUGUUGAUGAUUCUUUCAUGAUUCAUGCUCGAUCUUCUGUGGAUGAUUUAUAUGGUUCUCAAUGGAAAACUGACAUAAGCAUGGCUACGGAUCUAACUUUAUCUUCCCAGGCAGAAAAUGGCAUUACAGAUCAUAAUCAUGAAGUUAUGGAUGCCUAUGAACCGAAUGACCUCUGUGUGGUCCUUGAACGAGAUUCUGGAUUUGAAUCUACAAGGUAUUCCUGGGUUACAGACCAGGGAAUUGACAUAUCAUUCAUGGAAGCUCAUAGGAGCUCAAAUGCUGAAUCUGGUGAUCAAACUGAGAAGAAGCUUCCUUCAAACAGUGACAAGACCACUGUCAAGAAAAAUGGAAUUAAUGGGAGAAAAGUUCCAGAAGUGAGGACUAAAAUCGUGCAAGGAUCCCCCAGUAAGAACAGAACUGAGAUGAUGUCUAAAAGCAAGAAAUCAUCAGUUGUUAGUAGGCCCACAGUUCAGAAGAGCAAGCAAGAGAAGGAAGAAGAGAUUAGGAAGAAAAUGGAAGAGUUAGCAAUUCAACGCCUAAAAAGAAUUGCUGAAAGAACUGCAGCAGCUGGUGGUGCUCCAGCGGCAACCAAGAGGGCAUCAUUGGAGAGCAAAUCAGUCAAAGGUUCAUCCAAGUCUGACAAAAAUAAAAUCAUUCCUAGACCUGAGAGACAAACAAGAUAGGUUACCAUCAAAAUCAGGCAGCUUAAGAAAGAAAGCUCAGAAGGUGAAUGUUUAGAUCCUCAGUUGCUGAUCUCAAUGAGUUGCCUGUUCCUUUUGAUUGAGUUGGAUGGGACAGACAGUAUGCUGCUUUCUACAAUAAAUAUACCAAUACACUUGCCAUAAAGUGCCUUAAUCAACUUCAACAGAUACCCUGCCAAGCUCUCAAAAUUUUCCUUUGUAUGCAAAUAUCUCCACGGGUUGCUUAUAUAGUUAUAAGAUUUCAUAUAAUGAGCCAUGAUGUAUAUAGUUCUUAUGAGCUAUUCUUGAGAUUUCGCCUACACAAAUUCUUUCACAUUAUUGUGCAUGAAAAUAAUCUCCAGCUUGUUUCUUGGAUUUCACAGGUAUGUAAUUUGUUUCUUGCACUGUAAAACUACAUUAUUGGGAAAUAGGUUUCUUCUGUAGCAA